AUGGCAUACCAGCAACUCCCCUCAUCAAAUAUCAUUCAAGCAGACGACGACGACCUCGACGCUCUCUCCUUUGCCCCAGACAUUGCCCCAGCAGCCUCGUCGUCCUCCAGCAACCCACCGCGCUCAGCCAACGCAGCGGGAAAGCAGCGGCAGCAGCAGGGGCAGGGCGGCCAGCCUGCUCUGUCUGGAAGGAUUGGAAGUGCCCCCAGUGGAAGCAGCAGUAGCUGGAAUGGCGUCCGCCUCGAGACUCGGUUCACUGGCGAGUCGACGCUCGAUGAGCCCGUCAGCGCCACUAUUAUGCGUGACCUGAGGUCAAUCUACACCAAGCUCCUCCAGGUGCUCUAUCCUCCCAAGGGUGGAACCUCACAGGCCUUGCGCGACUGGGACCUCUGGGGUCCGCUCGUCAUCUGCCUGUCCUUGGCGAUUACUUUGAGUCUUGACUCGCCCAAGGACCAGUCCCUCCAAGUCUUCUCCCUCGUCAUCUCGCUCGUCACCAUCGGCUCGGCAGUGGUGACAAUCAACACCAAGCUGCUCGGCGGGAAAGUGUCCUUCUUCCAGGGUCUCUGCGUCAUCGGCUACGCGCUCGCACCGCUUCUCCUGGCCUCCAUCGUCGCGCUCUUGCUCCACCAGCUGUACGUGCGAGUCCCCGUCUCCCUGGCGUGUUGGGCAUGGAGCGUGUGGGCCUCGGUCAACUUCUUCAACGGCACGGGACUGCCCUCCCAGCGCACCAUGUUGGCAGUCUACCCCCUGUGUCUGUUCUUCUUCGUCUUGGCGUGGAUGAUCAUGAUCCAAUAA